AUGCAGUGUUCAGAGAGUUCGGUAGUAACAACAUCCUGCUCAUUGGCACACAAGACUCCGAAAGGAACAAAGUCAGCAGUUCGAUGGCGCAAGAAUUCAUCUACCAAAUGUAGCUACAACGAGCAGAAGGAAAGGCUGCAUGGACUUUAUCUUCUAAUACUCAAGAGUACUGACAAUGUCUUGAAGUGUGUCAAGAACGGCGGGACUGUCACGCAGAUUGGUGCGAACCCAUCUGAUGACAACGUAAGAACCGCCUCCAACAAUAUCUCCACCAGGGAGAUCUCAUUCAGCGUGUCAUUCCAGCACUACCAUAGCGACUAUUCUCGGGCCAUCGAUUUGAUGUCCAGAGGUCGCAUCGAUGCCCAUAAGUUGAUUAUCAAUUGGACCUUCUUGAGGAACAGUCCCGUUUUCAGCGAGACACUUCUUUACGGUGGUCAAGGUCAAAAUAGAGCAUUGAAUCCUUCUAUUUCUUCCUUUUUUACCUCAUUGUGGCUUAUAUAUUUACUUUGCACCCUCUUUCGCUAUAUACCCUUUAGUAUAUUUUUACAUAAGAUCACAAAAAGUACAAACCAAAAAAGUAAGUUCCGACUCAAGGAGAAAGCACCAUACCGAAUAGGACAAGAAAUGAAGUUGUCGUGCUCGCUGGUGUGGUUUAUACUGACUGCUAGUGUCGCUGUGGCCAAGACACACACGCUUAAUUAUACUGCUUCCUGGGUGAAGGCCAAUCCCGAUGGUCUGCACGAGAAGAAGAUGAUUGGUUUCAACGGCGAAUGGCCACUCCCAGACAUUCAUGUUGAAAAGGGAGACCGUGUUCAGGUUUAUUUGACCAACGGCUUUGAUGACGGCACUGCAACCUCCCUGCAUUUUCACGGUCUUUUCCAAAAUACCAGUUUGGGGAACCAACUUCAGAUGGACGGUCCCUCUAUGGUAACUCAAUGUCCUAUAGUCCCUGGGCAAACAUACCUGUACAACUUUACGGUUCCUGAACAAGUGGGGACAUUCUGGUAUCAUGCACAUAUGGGUGCCCAGUACGGUGAUGGUAUGAGGGGUGCAUUCAUAAUCCACGAUCCCGAAGAGCCCUUCCAAUACGAUCACGAAAAAAUCGUCAUUUUAGCAGAUCAUUACCAUGAAAACUAUAAUGUCGUUACCGAAGAAUUUUUAUCCAGGUAUAAUCCUACAGGUGCCGAGCCCGUUCCUCAAAAUAUCCUUUUCAAUAAUACCAUGAAUGUGACUUUGGAUUUCACACCUGGUGAAACAUAUCUUUUCAGGUUCCUAAAUGUAGGGUUGUUUGUAUCUCAAUAUAUUAUCCUCGAGGACCAUGAAAUGACUGUGGUAGAGGUAGAUGGAAUUUACGUUAAACCAAACGUUACCGAUUCAAUAUACCUUUCUGCAGGGCAAAGAAUGAGUGUUUUAAUCAAAGCUAAAGAUAAAAUGCCCACAAGGAAUUAUGCUAUGAUGCAAUUAAUGGAUGAAACAAUGCUUGAUGUAGUUCCACCAGAGCUUCAACUUAACCAAACUAUUCAAAUGACAUACGGUCACGCUUUACCACAGGCGGCUGCUUUGAAUAUCGAAGAUUGUGAUUUGGACCGUGCCACAAACGAUUUUUAUUUAGAGCCGUUAGUUGAAAGAGAUUUACUUUCCCACUACGAUCAUCAAAUUGUUAUGGAUGUGAGAAUGAUAAAUUUGGAUGAUGGUGUGAAAUAUGCUUUUUUCAAUAAUAUUACUUAUGUGACCCCCAAGAUCCCCACUUUGACUACAUUGCUAACCUCAGGAAAGCUUGCCUCCGAUUCUAGAAUUUAUGGUGAUAAUAUCAAUGCGCAGUUUUUAAAGCAUAACGACAUCAUAGAAGUUGUUUUAAACAAUUACGACUCAGGCAGACACCCAUUCCAUUUACACGGUCAUAAUUUCCAAAUAGUUCAAAAAUCCCCUGGCUUUCAUAUUGAUGAAAACUAUGAUGAAUCUGAACAAGAUAAGAUGACCGUUCCUUAUAACGAAUCCGCACCACUACAACCGUUCCCUGAGAGGCCAAUGGUGAGAGACACUGUGGUUUUGGAACCUAGUGGACAUGUUGUGCUUAGAUUUAGAGCUGAUAAUCCUGGUGUUUGGUAUUUCCAUUGCCACGUAGAUUGGCAUUUGCAACAAGGUUUAGCAUCAAUCUUCAUUGAGGCCCCUACAGUACUUCAGGAAAGAGAAACGCUUAAUGAAAACUACCUCGAUAUUUGUCAAGCUGCUGGUAUUCCCGUUGUUGGUAAUGCAGCAGGUCAUUCAAACGAUUGGUUCGAUUUAGAUGGAUUACCAAGACAGCCAAAACCAUUACCUAAGGGAUUUACCGCAGAAGGAUAUGUGGCAUUUAUUGUUUCCUUUAUUAUUGGUGUAUGGGGGCUGUACUCUAUUGCUCAAUAUGGUAUUGGCGAAGUGAUCCCUAACGAUGAGAAAGUGUACCAUACUUUAAGGGAAAUCUUGGCUGAGAAUGACAUAGAGGUUCCUCGCAAUUAA